AUGAGGGCUAUGGUAGCCCCAUGCUUUAAUUCGUUUAAUUAUGGCGAUAGGAAGUGGUUUUACCUUAGCUGCAUAAAAGUAUUUUUUGUUAUUGUAGUUUAUACUUUAUUAUAUGUUAUUAGUGGUAGAAUAAUGUAUGAUUCCGAAAAACAGAUAGUAGAAAUUCCUACUAUAGUUGUUCUUACUUUGUGUAUUUUGAAAGUUAAAUUUAUAACUAAUGAUUUAGAUUCAUUUAGUAGUGAAACUAUAAAGAUAGUAGGGCAUCAGUGGUAUUGGGAAUAUGAUACUAGUCAGGGUUCUUUUGAAUCUUUUGUUCAAUGUGAUAAAUUUAUAGUGGAUAAGCCCCUACGGUUAAUUCGUGGCCUUCCUUAUCAUUUUAUAGUUACAUCUGCAGAUGUAAUUCAUUCUUUUCAUAUACCUUCACUAAACUUAAAGAUGGAUGCCAUACCUGGUCGGUUGAAUAAUUUAUUUUUUUGUCCAGAGUUAUAUGGUACUUAUAUAGGAUAUUGUGCAGAGUUAUGUGGUGUAAAUCAUGGAAUAAUGCCAAUAGUUGUUGAGGUAGUGGAUAAUUAUUGUAAUGAGCAUAAAGUUUAA